AUGUUUUGGUCGCAUUGGUCUGCAUCCGAGACCCAGAAGUCGAUCUAUGUAAAUGCUGGAGACAUGAUCCUCAUCCGCAUGAACGAGAACCCAGGGACAGGAUACAGGUGGCAACUCGUCACAGACAGCACGGACGGGUUCAACCAAACCCUCUGCCAGCUGCAGCCUACCUCUGGGUAUGCCGACGGCAUCUACGAACCCUCCACCUCCACCGACGGCUCCGACGACAAGGUCGUGGACGGAGUGGCUCGUCCUUACGUUCCUCCUGGGGCUGGCGAGUGGCCUUACCCCUACCCCUGGGGGGAUCGCCGCUUCGACCUGCGAUGCACUCAAGCUGGAACAACCAUAGUGAAGCUGAGGUGA